AAUUUGGAGCUAGCUCUUCGUGAUGGUCUAAAAUUUUAUUUGUCAUUGAACAAUGUUAUUUUAAGUCCUGGGAAUGAGGAAGGAAUUAUUGCACCAAAAUAUUUUUUGAAAGUGUGUGAUUUGUCUGGCAAUAUUCUGCAAAAUUAAAAUGGCUCAAAAAAACUCCAUAGUGUACCAAAAAGGAAAACGCAAAGCAGAUAACAUAAAUGUUUUGAAUAGGAGACCACCUUCCUCACCAGCCCAAAAAAAUGAUAACAAGGAACUUGGGAUAUUUGUUAGAGGUUUUAGUCCAAAUACAGCAGACAGUGAUAUUACAAAAUAUUUUUCUAAGUUUGGAAAUGUGGUAAAGGCACACUUUGGACCAAACUUUGCCCUGUUGGACUUCACUGCAUCUUCAUCAGUGGAAAAAGUUAUGGCAAUAAGAAAACAUGUUUUAAAUGGUCGAAGACUGAUCAUAAAACACAAGAGGCCGAAUUAUAGAAAUGUUCUUGAAGAAAACGCCAAGGAAGAUAAAGAGACUUUCAAUGACAUAAUCAAGAACCUGAUGUACCCGAAUGGUUUUGUUGAUCAAAGUAAAUUUUUAGUGGAUAGGUUGCAAUCAAACUUGGAAUCCAACCUAAGAAGAUACAGCCAAAUAUGUCAGGACUUUUACAAUGUUUUGUGUUAUAGGUUCCCAAAUGUUGAGAUUCACCCUUUCGGUUCGACAGUAACUGGUUUAGGAUUUAAUAACAGUGAUAUUGAUGUAUAUAUUGCCAACGUAAGACGUCCACAUAAUAGUGAAAUUGAAUGUCUUGAUGAACUCAGGGCGGUUUUGUCUAAAACAAAAAUAUUUUUAAACAUUAUGCUAAUUAGUGCGAAAAUUCCAAUCCUGCGGUGUUUCCAUGCAAAUACGAAAAUAAAAUGCGAUAUUAACAUUAAUAAUUCGUUGGGGAUCUGCAACACUAAGCUGAUCCAUUAUUACAUUCAUUCUCAUCCAAAGGUGAAAACUAUGAUGAUAAUUAUUAAGUACUGGGCAAAACUACACAAGUUAACUGGUCAAAGUCAUUUAUUUACAAAUUAUGCACUGGCAUUAUUGUUUAUAUUCUUUUUGCAACAGAAGCCAUACAAUUUUCCGAACGUUUUUUCUUUGCAACAAAACGAAAGUACAAAUAUUAUCGCUCAUAAUUAUUGGAACGGCAAUUUUACGCCUGAUUAUAGUUAUAGUUUUGAGGAAAUUACUAGAUUACCGGAAAACGAAUUAUUGCAAGGUUUUUUCAAAUUUUACGGAGAUUUUUCCUACCAAUCAAAUGUUAUAAGUCCAUAUUUGGGUAUUAUCUUGGAUAGUAGUCAAUUCAAGUCCAUAAUUAAGUUGCCCAAAACAUUUACUCUUUAUAGACAGUAUCUUUCAUUAGAAUAUGGCCCGUCCCUAAGGAUCGACACACCUAUAUGCUUGCAAGAUCCAUUUGAGCACUGUAGCAACAACACGGUUAUGAUAACUGAAUCUACAUUAUCGAAAUUUGUAUUGUUUUGCAGAUUAGGUGAAAAAAAUUGUGCAGAAAGGGAAUGUGUAUUGCAUAAACUUCUCACUGAGGAGCCAUCAAAUUUCAAACCAAGUGAAAAUGAGUUUUCCAAUGACCAUUUACAGUUUGCUCUCACCAAGCCAACAAAUAUUGCAUACCUUCAAUCUCCUUCAACAACAAAUAAAACGGAAAAUACUCGGUGGUUUGAGACAGUUACAAAUUUUGUUGUCAUAGCAUUUAAGGAUUUUCUAAGUUUCGAAGUUGUGGAUGACAUGGAAGGACCAGUGUCGAGUAAAAUUGCAAAAAGUAAAGGACAAUCGGAUAUUCACGAUUCAAAAACAAAAUAUUUUACUUGUUGUGGAGCAACAAAUUACUGGAAAAAUCGUAAAAGUGAAGGUAAGCAACCCGAUAUCAAGAAUUGCUCUACUUUAUUUGAAAGGGAAGCAACCAUAACCAAGCGUCUUAAAAAUAUUUACAAAAAUAUUCAACAUCCUAGGGACACUAUUAAAUUUAAACUUAUCUUAGUGGAUAAAGAUGGCGAGGCUUUAGUGAUUUUAGAAAAAAUAUCUGCUUAUAAAAAAAAAUUCAAGUCUUUUUGUAUGUUUAUUAGGGCAAAAUUACCCGAGUGGUUUGACCUAUACCAAAAAGAUUUAAAUAAACUAACAAAUGAAAACUGACUAAAACGAAAGUAGUUAUCUAGUUUUAAACGUUGCUACUUGUGGGUGUUUAUUAUUACAAGUUGUACAGUAUGGCUCAACUGUUAAUUAAACAUAUUUUUGAUAAGCUAAAUAAUUAAAAAGUGUCUUUACCGUAUAAUUCUAAUAAUUUACGCUAAAGGAACACAAGGUUAAUGGCACAGUUUUGAAAUCAUAUCAAACAAUAAAUCUUUUUCAUUUAUGGAUGUCGCUGUAAAUAGAUGUUUUACAUUUUGAAUCCCUUUUAACAGUCAUGUAUUUGUAGGUGUAUAUAUGUAAGUGGUUGGACUCUUUGGAGUGUUAUUAAUUUUUGCACGUUGUUAAUUUUAUAUAUAUAUAUAUAUAUAUAUAUAUAU